AUGGCGCAAUCAGGGCGGGCAGGAUCAGUGGCAGCAGCGGCACUGCGGCACGUGCUGCUACUGCAGCAGGACGUGCCGCGGGCAGCGAAUUUUUUCAAGGAGGGGCUGGGCCUGCCCGUGUUGGUGGCGGAGGGUUGUGCAGGAAGGGAGGGGGGGGAGCGGAGUGGGGGAUUGGGGAAAGAGGUGAGAUGGGGUGGGGGGACGUGGGGGGAAGUGAUGGGACGAGGGAGGAGAGCAGGAGGGAAGGGAAUGAUUCCCUGCAGGAAUGUGACAGGAGGUGGAGGUUUGAGGGGAAAGGAAAUUGGCACAGCACACACAUUUCACGGCUUCUCUCCUCUGCUCUCCUUCUCUGUGCGUGGAGAGGGAGAGUUUGAUUCCACUCUCCUGCGCAUGCUGCGGUUGGGAGCGGUGAUGGAUGGUGCUGUGGUGCACAUGCCACAAGGCCGAGUGGCAGCUCUUAGGGCUCCUGAUGGUCCCAUGCUGAGUCUUGUGGAGGAAACAGAGGAAGGUUGA